CCUUAAUAAUACUCCAAAUUCCAAAAGUACCGAGUCACCGACGAAACCCACCUAGUACAAGUGAACCGGGUUCAAGAUACCGGUCCAACCAUCUCUCAACCACUUGAUUAAAAGUCUUACCGGUCCAAUUUUUUGUGCUAUGAAAAUGAAAUCAAGAAGUCAGUGAGCUAAGCAACAAUGGAGUCAAGUUGGGGUAAGGUAUUACUUUACCUAACUCUAAUUACCAAUUUGACCCUACAAGGUGUUAGAGGUUGGACUGGAGAGAUUCAUGGAAGAGUUGUUUGUGAUGUUUGUGCUGAUUCUUCUGUUGGUCCAGAAGACCAUGUUCUAGAAGGUGCAGAGGUUGCAGUUCUUUGCAUUACGAAGACCGGGGAAGUUCUGAAUUAUCAGGCAUUCACAGACUCCAAGGGGAUAUAUAGAGUAGCUGAGACAAUGCCAGCGAGUGAUCGUUGGGAUGCAUGCCUAGCAAGACCUAUCAGCAGCUUCCACGAGCACUGUACACGUCUGGGAGAUAGCAACUCCGGGGUGAAGUUCAGCUACAAUCAUCCUUCAGGAUAUUCACACACAGUCAGACCAUUUGUAUAUCGUCCCACCAACGUUCCAACAUACUGCAUCUAAUAAAUAUAUAAUGUAUCAUAUGGUAUAAGCUAUGUAAGCUUGUUACUGUUAUUGUAUCCUUGGUUGCCUUGAUUUUUAUUGAAAAUCCAGUAGCAAUCUGGAUUUAUCUGGUAA